CGGAGUGACCACCCCCAAAACGUAUCAAAGCGGAACGGUUUCUAUCCCGGAACUAAAGUAAUGUAUCAAUAAUUCUAGGGAGGAAUUUUGUCCGUCGUUUGACAAUUUCGGAGGAAGCAGUGUGUUGUGGAGGUCAAGUCAAGGCUCAGGUUCUAAAAGAGACCCGGUGACAACAUUAUUGACCAAUCAUGGUGAAGAAGAAGCGCAUCCGCCUUAUCGCUGAGAUGGCCCGUAAGAUCCGUGUGUACCGGGAGCUUAAGAAUCGGCCGCGGGAGUCUGAGAAGUAUGCACUGGACUACGACACCAUGACGCGACCGCACACCAGGAAGACCCUGCCCGUGCUUGCCUGGCAGGACGUGAGGAGAGAGAGCCGUCUCUUCUCCCUGCUGUCUGGCCUCAGGAUGUUCGGGGUGGGCCACCUGUUCACACGCAAGUCCUGGCUGACAGAGCACCCUGAAGCACCUAGCUACUGGCAGGUCACCAAGGUCAAGGUGGACUACACUGCAGAAAACAUGGACCACGGCAGAGCAUGGGGAGUCCUGACCUAUAAAGGCAAGCAGGAGAGUGAAGCGAAGGAGAUGGACAAGGUGAUGUACCAUGACUGGCGUCUGGUGCCCAAACAUGAGGAGGAGCAGUUCAAACUCUACAACCCUGUUCCCGAGCCCCCCAUACGCUAUGUGUCGUACCCGCCCCUGCUCCGUGCCAUGCUCCUCGCCCAGCGGCAGAAGGAUGAGCUAGGGUCGGCAGCUGAGGAGCCAACCUUACCCCUAAAGAGGGAUGUCCUACUCAGCAAAGAGUACUUCAGAAGUCAGGAGAAAAAGAGGGAGAGGCAGGAGGGGACAGCAGUGUGAGAGAGGGGUCAAGCGGAAAGGGGGUGAAAGGUUACCAACAAGGGACUGAUGUCAACUUGGAUAGAUCAUAGGCUGCGUUCUGUUUCUCAAAGUAUUGAAUUGGUGCAAGCAUGGAGUUUUGACCAUAUCCUUUGCACCAAUCCAUUCCAUUUAAAUCCAUGAGAAGGUGUAGGAGUGCACAUCUCAGGAAAAGGGUAGAGAAUUGGACCACAGCUAUAGCAGUUUUCCUUUACAUUCAUAUGAGCCUUCUAUAACAAUUCCACUGAAUAGAAAGAAUUUGGAUUAUCAGAUGGACUUGAGUGACAGCUUGCUGUAAGGUUUCCACAACUGGCACUUGUCUCUUGUGCAUAUUGUGAUGUGAUGCUUGUGUGUUUGUAUUGUAAAUAGUAAAAUAUAAUACUACAUUAUGAAAAGAAUGGGCACUCUUAGUUUUUCUUAAAACGGAUUCAUUCUAACUGGAUGACUGGGUUAAGAUCGAUAAUAAAUAAAAACUAUUGUCCCACCCA